CAACAGAGCUACUGGCGUAGAAUACGUUAAACGCCCUUUUCCCGGAACUCGUUUAGCAGAAGCAAGGCUCGAGGUGAUCAUCUGUGCAGGCGCCAUUGGCACUCCUCAACUUCUCAUGCUGUCUGGUAUCGGACGGAAAGCUGAGCUACAACGGCUUCAGAUUCCACUGCUCGCAGACCUGCCAGUGGGCGAAAACCUUCAGGACCAUCCUAUUAUCGGAGGAGUAUCAGCAACGAUGUGCGGAAACCAUGGCAUCGACACAAGAAAUCUAUCUAUGGUUACGGACUACAUAAUCAACAGAUCUGGUCCCUUGACUGUUGCGGCUGGUGCGGAAAAUCAAGCAUUCCUCAACAGUGCUUUGGCCUCUUCCGGACUGGAUCGUCCUGACACGCAGGCCUUCCUUGUGUCGCUUUCGCUAGCAACGGAAGAAGGGGAAGUUACAUCCAAGUUCCUAGGCGUCAAGCAAGAAGUGUACGACAGGUACUACAAGCCGAACAGGGACAAGAAUUCCUUCAUGAUCGUCCCAGUAGUUUUGAGACCAGCUUCCAGAGGCCGGGUUACACUGAAAAGCGCACGUUAUACGGACCAUCCCAUCAUUGACCCGAGAUAUUUCUCUGAUCCUCGUGAUCUGCAGACUGCUGUUGAAGGGACAAAGGAGGCCAUGAAAGUCUUGGACACGGCACCAAUGCGGGCUCUGGGUGUCGAGCGUUGGAACCUGACAAUGCCGGGAUGCGAAGACAAGAAGCUAUGGAGCGACGACUACAUCGCCUGCCUAGCCAUGCAAUUAACGGAGACCGCCUGGCAUUUUGCCAGCACCUGUCCCAUGGGAGAAGGUGUACAAGCCGUCGUUGAUGCCAGGCUCAGAGUUCGAGGGGGCAUCCAUAAUCUUCGAGUAGCAGACUGUUCAAUAAUGCCCAACAUCACCUCUGGAAACACGAACAUUCCCGCCAUGAUGAUUGGAGCCAAGUGCGCCGCCAUGGUAUUGCAAGACCACGGUAUACAGGACCCGAACCCUGUAUGAAACAAGCUGCUGCUUCGCAAAUAAAUGUAUUUUCCUGGAACAUAAGACAACGAGAAAACAAAGUUCAUCAUCCC